UUUUUACAAAAUCUAUGUAGUAGGCUUUUGUUCGGUAGGUAAAUUAGAACUAUCAAAAAAAUUAUUGGCUGAUGAAAUGGUUAUCAAAACAUGACCCUUUCACUGAUACAUUGUUUGGAAACAUUUUCCGAUAAAAUUUAUCGUUGAAUUUGGGAACUCGCACAACAAAAGAUCCAUCGCAAUGGACGAAACGUUCGCUAAAGUUGUACAGUUUUUCAUGACAUUCGUGGCCGAUAAUUGUAAAAAAUCAACAGUCAGGGAACUACCCAAUAUUAUGGGAGUUUAUAACCUAUUUGGAUUCAAAAAUCACACAAAUCAAUCAUUGGUAUCGAAAAUCAGCGAUCAACAAAUGGCCGAAAGCUUGAGACGAGGUUUAGAAUACAUUAAAGGUCACAUUAGUCAGCUACAAGCCUUGGAAGAUGGUAUACCUGUGACUGGCGGAAGUAUAGAAUCUUGGAGAUUCGAAAACAUCGCAUUGGAUAUAAUUUCUCAAGAUACUAGAUUACAUAAUACAGCUGAUUUUCAAGUCGAGGGCAUCAAUGUGAAUAUGAACGAAGGUAAAUUUCAUAUCGUGGCGAAGUGGCCUGCAGCUCAUUUAACCGAAACUUACAUAUUACGCGGCAGUGUGGAUAAUAAAAGAGUAUAUGGAGCUGGUAGAUUCAGAAUCUCCGUUUUGAAUUUCGUAAUGACUGCUUUUGUACACUUUCAAGAGGAAAAUACCACAAUUAAAAUCAAAAAUGUCACCAUUACUGGUGAUUUCGAAGAUGCUCGAAUUAAUAUUAGCGGAUUAGAAGUCGAAGGUAACGAAAACGCUGAGCAAUUGAUGAACAACGCUAUCCAACGAGAUAAACAAAAAUUUCGCGAAAUAUUGCACAGAAAUAUGGACUUACUAUCGAAGGAAGUGAUGAACGUAUUAAAUUCUAAAUUGGUCAAUACCCAUAAGAAUACUGUUUUUAACCUGAUCGCAUCCUGGUUUAAUUUAUAAAUAGCUUGAACGAUACUUCGCCUCGGUUAAAACUGUACAACUUUUCUGUAUUUAAAAAUCAUUUGUGUUUUUUCCCCUUCGUUGACUGUGUUUUGAAAUUGUGACUGGUCAUUUGCUUAAAUUUAUUAAAAUGAAACGAUUUGUGCUGGUUCAA